AUGGAAUGCGGAAACAUGGGUCUUUUUGACCGCGGAGUUCAAAUGCUAUUGACCACGGUGGGCGCGUUCGCCGCCUUCAGUCUAAUGACCAUCGCGGUGGGCACGGACUACUGGCUAUACUCACGCGGUGUGUGCAAGAUUAAGACCAACAACGAGAACGAGACGAGCAAGAAAAAUGAAGAAGUCAUGACCCAUUCCGGACUGUGGAGAACGUGUUGUUUGGAAGGCAACUUCAAAGGGUUGUGUAAACAGAUAGAUCACUUCCCCGAAGACACGGAUUACGAAGCAGACGCGGCAGAGUACUUCCUGCGCGCUGUGCGGGCCUCCAGUAUCUUCCCCAUCCUUAGUGUCAUCCUGCUUUUCAUGGGGGGGCUGUGUAUAGCCGCCAGUGAGUUCUACAAGUCACGCCACAACAUCAUCCUCAGCGCAGGCAUUUUCUUCGUGUCCGCAGGCCUGAGUAACAUCAUCGGAAUAAUUGUAUACAUAUCAGCCAAUGCGGGGGAUCCUUCUAAGAGUGACUCCAAGAAGAACAGCUACUCCUACGGCUGGAGCUUCUACUUUGGCGCUCUCUCCUUCAUCAUGGCUGAGAUGGUGGGUGUUCUGGCCGUACACAUGUUCAUCGACCGGCACCGGGAGCUUCGGGCCAUGGCCCGCGGGGUGGGGAGCGUGGCCGGGGCCAACGCCGACUACCUGCAAGGCUCGGCCAUCACGCGCAUCUCCAGCUACCGCUACCGUUACCGACGUCGUUCGCGUUCCUCCUCUCGUUCCACAGACCCCUCUCACUCCCGCGAAGCUUCGCCGGUGGGGCUGAAGGGUUUCGGCGCUCUACCCUCCACCGAUAUCUCCAUGUACACCCUCAGCAGGGGCGGAGGAGGAGGAGGAGGAGGCGGAGACACGUUGAAAGCCACCCACGGCACGCCCACCGCAACCUACAACUCUGAGAGGGACCACAACUUCCUGCAGGUCCACAACUGCAUCCAGAAAGACCUGAAAGACUCGGCGCACAGCAACACAGCCAACCGACGCACUACUCCCGUAUGA